AGUAGUUCUUAUUUGUAAAAGUUGCAAGCUGCACAGACUCUCUAGCAACCAGCUUUCUCCUUCCAGCUGAGCUGCAAAAGACAGAAAAGGGACCAGACUGCACUGGGCAGGAGGCAGCCACAGCUACUAUGCCUGGUAUUCUUCCUUCCUUCAUGGGUCCCCUCUUCCUCUUCCUCUGCCUACUGACUUCAAUGUCUGCCUUUGAAGAUGACACUGUGGUGGUGACCAGCAGUGGCCCAGUUAAAGGCAAGCAAGUCCCGGCUGGCUCUGGCUCUGUGAUGGCCUAUCUGGGCAUCCCCUAUGCUGAGCCCCCUGUGGGGAAACUGCGUUUCCAGAGGCCCCACCCACAUCAGCCAUGGAGCCAUGUCUUGGAGGCCACCACUUACGGCAACCCUUGUUCCCAGGAAGAUAGUACUAAGAUCCCUGAUGCAGCCUUAUGGGCUGCCAACACAUCACUUUCUGAGGACUGCCUCUUUCUCAACAUUUGGGUGCCUCAUCCACGGCCCUCGAAGCCUGUUCCCAUCCUGGUUUGGAUCCAUGGUGGGGGGUUUAUCAUUGGAGCAGCCUCACUAGAUAUCUACAAUGGAGCAUUCUUAGCUGCUACGGAGAAUGUCAUCGUGGCCUCCAUGAACUACCGCUUGGGGAUUCUGGGUUUUCUGUACUUUCCACCAGAUGCUCCAGGAAAUGCUGGCUUGUGGGACCAAUGGCUGGCUCUGAAGUGGGUCAAGGAGAACGCAGCGGUCUUUGGCGGUGAUCCAGCUCUGUUGACUCUCUUUGGCCACAGUGCUGGAGGGGCCUCGGUGGGUUACCAUCUGCUGUCACCAGCAAGCCAACCCCUUUUUGCCCAUGCUGUGCUCCAGAGUGGAGCUCCCAAUGCUCACUGGGCUUGGAAGGAUCCUGAAGUUGCUAAAUCUGAUGCCAUAAAUGUUGGCUUCUUGUUGGGGUGUCCUGAACAAAAUCAGAGUUCCUUGGUGAGCUGCCUACAGGGGAACAAUAUUGGGCACGAAGAGUUGUCCAGUAUGAGUGGCCUCUCUUCAGUAACAACAGAUGGGGAGUUCCUCUCAGAUGAACCCUGGACGCUUCUGCAGAGUGGAGCUAUUCAAGCUAAACCAGUUCUCACUGGUGUCACUCUUGAUGAGGGCUCUAUCUUUGUAUUGAUUUUGCUUCCUAUGCUCAGAACUAAUGAUAAGAUGCUAACCUUGGAAGAGGUUGUUGGACGGUUCAGUUCAGCAACGCUUGAUGAAGGUACUGUCAGGACUAUAGCACUGAAGUACAAUGACAGUGGCCAAGGGGCAAAAUCCUUCCCUCGGGUUUUGUCUCAUAUUUUUAGGGACACCUCUUUUGUGUGUCCAUUGGCUGAAAUUGCUUCCAAGAUGGCCGAAGCUGGGAGUCCUGUGUAUGUGUAUUCCUUCCAACGCCACACGCCUCGCUCUAAGUGGCCUGAGUGGAUGGGGACACCCCAUGGAGCUGAGGUGCCUUACUUGUUUGGAACACUGGCAACUGUGCUGGGGGGAAACCAAACAGACGUUGAUGUUGCACUGAGCCGCAGAAUGAUGGGAUACUGGGCUGAGUUUGCGAGAAGUGGGAAUCCCACUGGUUCCAAACUGAAAGAGGCACAAUGGCCACCCUACAAUUCCACCGAGCAGAAAUUCUUCCACAUCAGUGUGGAGGCACCACAGGUCAAGCAGCUAUCACCUGACCCUUACUGUGAUUUCUUGGCAACACAACUAUUCAAUGCAAUACGCACAAAGAAAUCCCAAGAAGAGUCUGUUCCACCCAUUUUGAAGAAAGAUCUGAAGAACAAAAUGAGAACUUAGGAAAGGGGAGUGCAAAAGAUCUUGCGUCAAAAGUCAAGUGCAAAUAGAAGUCAUAACUGCUAUCGUAAAAUAAUCACACGUGAAAAUAGUUUAGAUGGGUCCACACACAUUGUGGAAUGUGGGACCAUAUGCAAACACGUCGAUGAUCUAGAGAGCUUCGGCUAUUGGGCGGUAUAAAAAUGUAAUAAAUAAAUAAAAUAAAUAGUCCUCCUUGGGCCUGAGCUUUUGCUCCCAUUGGGAGUAUUGCAAGCUCACCUGUAAGUUACUGGAAGGGAGCAGCGUUACAGUUAGUCAGUUGGUGCAUGGGAAUUUGGGGUAGAGCUAACCUUAGGAUCUCUAGAGCCUACAGUGUGGUUCUUUCUUCCUGUUCCUCCCCUCCCUGCCUGCCUCCCCUGGACCUUCCUGCAUUACUGGGACCACAUGGCACUCUCGCUUGAGUAAAGGAACACAACAUGGACAGAACAAAGACCUUUUGACUCCCUACACGGCACAUGCAUUUAUUUGUAAGACUACUUCUUUGUAAGGCUGUUUUCUUUCUUCACUAAAGAAAGGUGUGGGCUCUUUUUACGAUUGUGAGCAUGUGGGACUGGUAAAUGCUCAUUGGCUGGGUUCAUACGUAAUGCUAACCCACUGUGCGUCAUGUCCGGGAGCAUCCCAUGAGGGGUUGGCUUGUCAUGUGGGGAGCUUUUCCCUAUCCAUGAUCAGGAAGUUACCUACCCCAGGUACCUAUGCUCUGUAGUGGGGGUAAGGGCCCCCACAGUGGCGUACUGUGGAGUGUGGCAGGAGCUCCGUGGGUAAAUCCGGCUAUUCUGCAGAGAAAUACUUACGACCAUCUAGAGCAGCCAGAACUUCUGGUGACAACCUAGCCAGCGUGGGCAAUCUCUAUGAUAGAGAUCACUUAGCGAUGCCUGGAGUGGCCAGUGCAACCCGUUCCCUCUGUGGUGGCUGCUGGAAUAUGUGGCUGCAGUGGCAGGAGGAUGACGAGGGAUCCAUGCAGCAGGGAUGAGUAAGAGAACCAUGCUGUCC